GCUCUUUUUACCUGCUGAUUUCAGCAUUUACACAUACAAUGAGACAGGAUCGUUGCGCUCUGAUUCACCCUAUAUCAAGGGCGACUGCUACUACCGUGGCCACAUCGAGGGCAUUCCUGGCUCAGCAGUGACCCUCAGCACAUGCAUGGGGCUCAGGGGCCUGCUGCAAUUCCACAAUGCCAGCUACGGGAUCGAGCCGCUGGGCUCCUCGCCCUCCUUCCAGCACGUGGUUUAUCCCGUGAGCAGUGGGGCUGCAGUUGAGGCUCUGCUCCCUCACGGCCACCUUGGGGUCAGCAGGGAUGCGCUGGCGGCUGACGGCAGCUCUGACACAGCACAACCAGCUCUGAAACUACUGUCAAAGCACCGCAGAGAGGUGUUGCUCCAUGUGGUUCUGGAAAAGAGUUUGUACAGGCACCUGGGGGACGACCAAUACAUUGUGUCACAGAAGGUGGUUCAGCUCAUCAGCUUCCUCAACAGCAUGUUCAGCUCCCUGAAUGUAACCGUGACGUUGUCCUCUAUGGAGGUCUGGAGGUUGAGGAACAAAAUUCAGACCACGGGGGCUGGAGAAGUGGUGCUGCUGCGCUUCUUGGAUUGGAAGAGGGGCAGCGCAAUCCUGCGGCACUACGUAGUGCCCUACCUGCUGAUGUACCGGGACCAGGCUGACUUUGUGGGUGCGACCUCUCCGGGGAUGCUGUGCCGCAGUGAUGCAUCUGGUGCUGUGGCCGUGCUGCAGCGCGCCGUGACUCUGGAAUCGUUCUCCGUCGUCCUGGCGCAGCUGCUGGGGCGCAGCCUGGGCAUGGGGUUUGAUGAUGGCCGGAGCUGCCGCUGCCCCACACACACCUGUGUCAUGGAAUCGAGAGCACUACACAUCAGUGGGACAAAGGCCUUCAGCAGCUGCAGCACUGCAGACCUGGAGCAGUUCCUGAGGCGCGAUGCAGGGCGCUGCCUCCUGCACAGCCCUCAACUGCGGGGCUCCUCCCCACACCGUGCACCCAUCUGUGGUAACGGCGUGGUGGAGCAAGGCGAGCAGUGCGACUGCGGCAGCACCGAGGCAUGCUCGAAGGAUAAAUGCUGCACUAAAGGAUGCGUGUUUAAGCCAGGAGUGAAAUGUUCCUCCGGGUUAUGUUGUGAAGAAUGUCAGUUCAAAGCUCCCAACACUCCGUGCCGCCCCUCCGCCGACGCUCAGUGCGAUCUGCCCGAGUUCUGCAACGGCUCCUCUGCCUCCUGCCCCCCUGAUGUCUACGUGCAGGAUGGGCACAGCUGUGAGCACAGCACAGGCUACUGCUACCAUGGGCGCUGCCAGUCGGCUGAGCUGCAGUGCCAGCGGCUCUAUGGGAGAGGUUCGAGGAGCGCUCCCGUGGUGUGCUAUGAGGAACUGAACAGCCAGAGGGACAGAUUUGGGCACUGCGGGUACCACCCCCGGCACGGCUACAGGGCCUGUGCAUGGAGGAACCUUCGCUGUGGCAAACUGAUCUGCACCUACCCACACAGCGCCCCGCUGGACACUGACGGCGCUGCAGUUGUUUAUGCCCGGGUUCGGGAGCAGCUGUGUGUAUCUCUGGAUUUCCUGAAUGCAUCACCAAGGCAAGAUCCCCUGCUGGUCCCACCGGGCACAAAAUGCGGCUCCGAAAUGGUGUGCAUAAACAACACGUGCCACCCUCACUCCGUGCUGGGCUACGACUGCAGCAGUGAAAUCCAAUGCCACGGCCACGGAGUGUGCAAUAACCGCCGGCACUGCCACUGCUAUCCAGGAUGGAAACCUCCUGACUGCCGUCAGCGUGGGUCGCGCCUCGGGGGCAGCGUGGACAGCGGUGUGCAGCUGCAGCAGAACAGUGAGUGCAGCAGUGUGGGGUUGUAGA